AUGUUAGUCGACUCCGGGGCGGAUGCCAAUCUCGUCACUGAAGAUGCUUGGGAGACUUUCGAGAAGCAGAGAAUUUCAGUAGUUUCAUCUACCAGAGGCAGUACUCGAGUUUUGCGUGCUUAUGGAAGCCAGAAUGUGUUGACAAUUCGAGGAUCAUUCGUAGCAGAUAUUGUCAUUGGAGAGAAUCGUGUUCAGGUCGAAUUUUUUGUUGUUGUAGGGGGGCAGCGGUGUUUGCUGGGAGAUUCUACCGCUAAGAAAUUAGGAGUGCUCAGAGUCGGUUUGAAUGACAACAGCGUGGAAGCAAAGCCGUUCACGAAGAUCAAGGAAUUCAGAUCACAUAUUCGCAUCGACCCUCAGGCCGUGCCAGUGUUUCAGCCAAUGCGGAGGAUUCCUAUCCUACUAGAUGAGAUGUUGAGUCGUGACAUAAUCGAAAUUAAGACAGGUCCUACAACGUGGGUAUCACCAUUAGUUGUGGUCGGUAAGGCCAAUGGGGAACCCCGUUUAUGCCUCGACUUGCGCCGCGUAAACGAAGCGGUACUGCGUGCACAUCACCCCAUGCCUGUUAUCGAGGAUUAUUUGGCGAAACUCGGAAGAGGCCGUUUGUGGAGCAAGCUAGACAUUAAGGAAGCGUUUCUUCAAGUCGAGCUCGACGAGGCGUCUCGUGAUGCAACUACUUUCAUCACUGUGCGAGGUCUUUUCUGCUUCAAGCGUUUGCCGUUUGGUUUGGUGACGGUACCAGAACUGUUUCAAAAGACGAUGGACGAAACUCUCAGUGGCUGCAUUGGUAUCUCGAUGAUCGUUGAGGGGCAGAAUCUUAAUGUACACGAUGAACGGCUAAACAAGGUAAUGUAA